AGAAGUCGGUCCAGUUAUCUACGCGAUACAGCCUCGUACGGACGUACGAAGGAAAAUUCUCAUCUCGUUGUUAACGCGAGAUUUGAGAGGGAAAGUGUAACAGAGAUAGAUAAAUAGAUAAAUAGAUAGAAAAGUUUUGGCGCGAAAAAAUUUUGAAAUCAAACCAAAAAAUAAUAUUCCUUUAAAUUCCCCCCCGGAAAAAAAUUAUUAAAAGAAAUAACUUCAAAAAAAAGAAGAGGAAGAAAGGGAUCAUCAUCUCAACGGUGGAUCCAAAGAAGAUUAAUUUCCACGCACCGACAGCAACGUCAACAACUGAUUUUUCAACAGUAACCGGCGAUAAGUAUAACAACGAAGCUGGCACUCUCCAAUAUGUCGCUGUUCGCGUGUUGUACACGUCCGAGUCAACGAAGAGUCGAGGAAACUCGUCAGCAAGCAUUGACGAAAGAACCGCCAGAAAUCUCAUGGGAAAAUACAUUGGGCGCACCUAAUGGUGUCCCAUUCGACGAAGACACUAAAGAACUUCUUAAGAAUUGCUUGGACGUUUCGAUACCACCACAGACAACCAUAACGGAGAUCAUCAAACGAAGUUCUACCUUUCCCAUCAAUUUUCCGAUAAACACCGUAAGGUGUUCGGCCUUGAGAGACAAAGGUGUGAGUGCUGACGUAUUGGAGUUAAAUGCAAACUCAGCUUACCCGUUGAUUCAUGAAGCAAUGUUACCGCUCAUAGCAAGAUGGUUAAAACACAAAAGACAAUACGGUAGUGCGAUAGAAAGAGUACUUUACAAAGAAAUGGGUCUUAUAGAAUUGAUUCAACGAUUACUAGAAAAAAGGGCCGUAACUUUCGUCGACUCGCAGGAUCAUUACAAACUCAUUGAUGGAAAAACUGGUGUUAAUGGUUGGGAAAGUGUUGGAACUGAUUACGAAAAGGAACCAUUGAUAUGGUCCAAACGUUGAAGGUACUACGCAAGAAAAACGUGGUCUAAGAAUAAUAUGGGCAAAUUUUUAUGGUGAAAUCUAUAAUCCGCUUUACGAAGAAACGGUUAAACGUAUCAAAUCUAAAGACAAUAAAAGAUAUCUCUCACUUUCAAGUCAGACAGUUUUCGAUAUUGAAAAUUACAUGAAAAGAACAUUACUUUCCGUUGAAAUAAUAUUAUUGGAAGCUAAUACAAGAGCCGAGAAGCAAAACACGACUGCAUUUCUUCACGUUGUAGGAUUCGGUCUUGGUGUAUGGAAAAUAAUACAGGAUCAAGAAAUUUAUUUUUUAAAAACGUUUGAAAUAGCAAUCAGAAAAAUGAACAAAAAAUUGAAAUUCGUAACGGAUGUUAUGUUCGCAUACUUCAGAACCCAAAAAUGUGGUAAUACAGGAAACGGAGAUUAUCUCGGAGAUAUCAAGAUACAUUUUGCAUUGAAAGAACCCCAUAGUAAACUUUUACGAUCUGCCGAUUCGACCAAAUUAUUGAUCGUAACUUAUGCUUGGGAUGGAAACGCAUUACCAGGAAACGAAUUUUGGAGCGGUAAUUUAACGUCAAGCGGUGAUCCUGCAGCAGCUUGCAGUACUCAAAUUGCAGAAUUACACAAUCCUAUGAUCAAUCCUAGAACUUGUGGUGCAAGUUUGCACGUGGCAUCGGCCGAACACGGAAUUUUGCACAUAUCCGAUUACGCUAGACUUCAUCUUACUUAGGAAAGGGCUGGCCCUACGGGCAGCAGCGGUCAACGAAGACCAUCUCGAUCACCGCGAAGUCAAAGAAGUCGGAGUGCAGAUGUUGAUUGUUUAAAAAAAUAUACCGAAAGAAGAAUAGAAGGUAGAAGGCAUACCGACGUGACCGAUACCACCAAAUUGGAUACCUCAAGAUGGAUACCAUUGGCGAAGAAUAUUUCACGUGGUCAGACGAGUUUUAAAAAAAUUGCACAAGCACAAAUUUCUACGAAAGAUGAAGAAAAACGAGGAUACGAUAAUCUUCCAAUCAAUUCGAAGAACAACGACUCGAUAAAGUGGCAACAAACUUCAUCACCUAAGAUCAAUCACAAUGAAGAAGAUCGUAAAACUAACAACGUACAAAAUCAAAAGGAACUUGAAGAUAAAAACAAAUUUUAUGGUAGACAAGUAGCAGCACGUAGUCGAAGUACCGACGUACCUACUUUUAAAAAAGACAAAUUUACCGAGGAACGAAGACACACCGAUUGCGGUGAUAUCAGAUUUUCCUCAAGAUGGAUACCGCAAAUAAAUAGCGUUAGAUUUCGCGGUGACGCGUCAACCUUUGCCAAAUUCACGAAUUCAUACGAAAUAACGAAAAAUGCAGCAACUAGGUGGAUAACAUUCGCAAAAAAUCCGUCACCAUUUCCAACGCCUCGAAUGAAUUCCGAUAAGAAAACGCAAAUGGAAGAUAAUCCUUCGAAAAAUAGUGAAGAAAUUUCACAGAAAAAAAAAGAAGAAGAUAACAAAACGAUCGAUGCAACCAAGUGGACACCGUUGAGAAAAUUUGCAUCACCCGUACCGUCCGAACGUAAUAAUUCCGAAAACGAGAAAGAACACGAUUCAUCACCGGAUGUUAAUUUAAAUCGUUCGAAAAACAACGAGCCAGUUGAUGCCAUAGACAAAGCUAACAAAUUGACCCAACGAAUG